ACAGCGUUUGUCCACUCGCAGCGCUGUUUUGAUUUUGGACGACGACAUGCACGAUGUGAUAAGAGACAGAAAAGUUGAUAAGUGUCCUAAAUUCUGCGAAAAUGACCGCAAAAAGUACUCAAACUCAAAUAUUUCAAAUUCGAAAACAAAAGUUAUAAAUUGUGCAUAUAGUAACUAUUCUAGUACUCAAUAAUGAACACCACAUAUUUACAUUACUCAAAAAAAUCCAUACUCAUUGGUAAGUUUUGCAAGAAAUACUCUACCCCCUAUCCAAAUCCAUUAUGUCUGUUUUAUCGUCAACAAAACACUGGCGUUCUGUCUCCUUUAAAAAAGUAUGACCUUAAGGUAUCAGAAAAUAAAUUACUUAAUGAUGAAUUCCAAAGAAACAUCAUAUCUAAGUUGGAAAACGUUUACGAAAAUUUGCAAUCCUACAAACCACCGAAGAAAGGUUUCAUGUGGAAGUUCAUUCCUAAGAAGAAACGUAUUCUGAAUCAGCCCAGAGGAAUUUAUUUGUACGGUGCUGUUGGUGGCGGUAAAACCAUGUUGAUGGAUUUAUUCUACAGCUGUUGCAAGAUGGAUGAAAAAAGACGAGUCCAUUUCAACGAAUUUAUGAUUGAAGUCCACUCUCAUAUACAUGAAGUGAAAAAAACGAUGGCAGAACGCGAUCCGAAAUCAGAUAAACCGUCACCAUUUGACCCUAUUCCUCCAGUAGCUGAAUUAAUUAGCAGUAAAACAUGGUUACUGUGUUUUGAUGAAUUUCAGGUCACAGAUAUUGGGGAUGCUAUGAUACUCAAGAGGUUGUUUACCGAAUUAUUCGAUAAUGGAAUUGUGGUUAUUGCUACGAGCAAUAGAGCUCCCGAUGACCUUUACAAAAAUGGAUUGCAAAGAGUGAAUUUUGUACCCUUUAUUCCUAUUUUAAAAGCUCACUGCGAAGUGGCCUGUUUAGACUCCGGUAUUGAUUACAGAAUGAAAAAUAUCGGCGGUGAAAAUCACGCUUAUUUUAUAAAAUCUGACUGUGAUGCGAAUGAGCAAUUGAAUUCAGUUUUUAAAUAUCUCUGUUCUUUAGAAAACGAUAUAGUUCGACCUCGAACGCUCACUUUUAUGGGUAGGAAUGUUACUUUUAAGAAAGCUUGCGGACAAGUCCUAGAUUCUAGUUUUGAUGAGCUUUGUGAUCGACCUUUAGGUGCCAGUGAUUACCUUCAGCUUAGUCAAGCUUUUCAUACUAUUAUUAUUAGAGAUGUGCCUCAACUUCGUUUAGAAUUAAGAAAUCAAGCCAGAAGAUUUAUCACGAUGAUAGAUACUUUCUAUGAUAAUCAUGUAAUUAUUUUCAUCAGUGCUGACGUCCCUAUACAAGUAUUAUUUUCUAAAGAUACUAGUCACGAUACUAGAGAUGAAAUGAGAACGUUGAUGGAUGAUUUGGAUAUUCAGCAUGGAAGCGAGAACGCUUCUUCAAACAUUUUUACUGGACAUGAGGAGUUGUUCGCGUGUGACCGAACGUUAUCACGAUUAUCAGAAAUGCAAACACCCAGUUACAGAGAUCGCGAAAAAUUGAGACAACUUUAAUAAUUGACAAUUUGAAAUUUGAAUUGAACCCACCGACCAUAUAGUUACCUUCAUCAUUUCAUUUUAAUUUAUUUACUAAUUCAUUUCAAUUAAUUUUCCUGGUUCCUGGUAUAUUGUACGGUGUGUGGAAAUAUAUAUUUGUUUUUGUUUA